AUGGACGGAGACGCGGCCUCCGAACUGCCGGAAGAGGUCCGCGAACGGCUCGCCGAACUUGAAAUUGAACUCAGUGAAGGUUUUUAUUUUUAUCUUUUGUUUAAUUUUUUUAAUUUUUUUACUCGGAAACUCAGAAAUAGCCUCUUUUUUUCAAAAAAAUUGCUCAAAAAUUUCGAGAAAAAAAUGGAUUUCUGAUUGUUUCUACAUGUUAAACUUGAGCUCAUUGGAUGUUUUUUCGAAGAUUUCGUCAAAAAAUUUGAAAAAAGUUUAAUGAGGAAUUAUUUUACUAGAAAAUUGUCUGAAAUGUGCUCAUUUUUUUAAUAACUUGCCCUAAUCAUUGAAAAAGGAUUUCUGAUCGUUUUUUUAUAUGGUAAAGUGGACCUCAUGGGAUGUUUUUUUGGAGACUUCGUCGAAAAUUUUUGAAAAAAACAUUUUUAUGAUGGAUCAUUUUUUUCAGUUUCAAUUCAAACUAUUUAUACUGCAAAAAUUGACUAAAAUGUGCUCUUUCUUUAGCCGAUCAAACUAGUGAAUAGUCAGAAAAGUAGUAAAACAAGACAUUUGGCUGAAAAUUUCAUGAAAAAGUGUUAGAAAUACGUUUUUUUCUACAUGUUAAAAUUGAGCCUAAUUGAGAUGGAUUUCAAAUAUUCAUUUAAAUUCAUAAAAACCCGAGAAAAAGAGAUGAUUAAAAUUUGAAAAAGCUUCAUAAAAAUGAGCAGUUACCACUUUUUUUCCUCUCAUAAUUUGAAUAAAAACGUGCUUGUGAUAUUUUUCACGUGUUAGAGAUGAUCGUGGAGAAGGCAUUUUAUCCAAGAAAAAAAGCUUUAAAAAAGAUAUAGAAUUUUUCCUGGAUAUUGAUUACAAGUUUUUAGAGACUUGAUUUCGAUGCAUUUCAUCCGGGAAAAAUUUCGGAAAAAGGUCAAUUUUUUUCAGACUAUUGUUUUUUUGAAGAUUUUGUACACUUAUUUUUUUGAUGCAAUUUAUCCGGAAAAAUGUUUAAAAAAAUGAUGAAUUUCUCAGUUCAUUGUAUUAAAGUUUUUCGACAAUCGAUUUGUACGCAGUUAAUCCGGAAAAUAAGCUCAUGAAAGAUCUUUAAAAUAAAUUUCAGGCGACAUCACUCAGAAGGGGUUCGAUAAAAAGAAGGCUCGUUUGCUGGCUCCCUAUGCCAAUUCCAUCAAAAGCGGUUCGUUUUCUGUUUGAUUUUAUUACUUGUCGGAACAUUUUUAGUGGCCACUAUAGAGGCUCGCCAAGGGCUAUUUGGAGAGGGCACUAAAGAGGCCACUAAACACACCUCUAUAGUAGCCACUCUUUUCCGUUUUAGUGGCCACUUCAGUAGUUUUUCAUCCAGUAUUCCUUCCAGUAACUUUGAUAAUUUUGAAACAAACAGAUUGGACGAGUUAUGUUGAUCCAUUGACCCCUAAAGUGGCCACUGAGUGGUCUAGUAGUAGCACUUAGACCUCUAUAGUGGCUACUAAUUUGACUACUAUAGUGGCCGCUAAAAAUUUUCCCAGUUUGUUCUGCGUGUGUUCAUAUUACCCUGCUGUUUUUGAAUGUCCCAAGUUUUACAGUAGAAACGGGAAUCAAGAGUUUGAAAAUUGACGGUCUUCAGCUCAAAAAUGGUCCAAUUGAUGACGCUUUUGGAAUCACAACUUUAAAAUUUACGUUCAAUUUACGAUUCAAAUCAGCUCGAUUUAAACUUUUUGUUCCACAAAUUUUCUAGUUUUCGUGUUGAUUCGGUGUUUUUGUGAAUUUUGUAUUGAUCGUUACAUAAAUUCAGUUCGAUUUUACUUUUUCUUGGCGAAAUGUUUCUUUUCGUAAAUAUCCAAAGUCCUUCUUGAAACUGUCCUAAACCCCCCAUAUUUUUUUCCCAAAAAAAUGAAGCCCAAAGCCGAGGCCGGCCCGCUCAACCUGACGCACAAGCCUGCCAUAAGAAACGAUUAGAAUUCAACAUAGUUUCGAAAAAAAUCCGACGUCGUUCUUGAAGCCGUCUAACCCCCCCCGCGCAGCUUUUUCAAGAAAUAAAAACGAAGCCCGGGCCGGCGCGCCCAACGUCGCCCAUCCUGACGCACAAGCCUUCCAUAAGAAACGAUUAAAAUUCAACGUAAUUUCGAAAAAAAUCCGACGUCCUUUUUGAAACCGUCCUAACCCCCAUCUUUUUCACAAAAAAACAAAGCUUAAAGCCCGGGCCAGCCCGUCCAUGGUCGCCCUACCUGACGCACAAUCCUGCCAUAAAAAAGAUCGAAAUACAACAAAGUUUCGAAAAAAUCCGACGUCGUUCUUGAAACCGUUGAUUUCUUUUUAUUUCCAGUCAUCACGAACAGUUCGGCCUCCGCUGCUUCCAACGAUCCCCCGACAAGUUCCAAUGGCUCGGCUCCUUCCCCGAACACCCGAGCCAAUCGAAGACAUCAGCGACGUCUGACCCGAGAUGAGGGCCGAUACCAUUCUGGUUCGCCUUUUUGAAAGAAAGAAACUGAGAAAACUCUAGAAAUACCUUUUUAGGAGCUGUUGGUCCCUUUAAAAAAAGCCACCAAACUUUUCCCCUGUUCUGAAAAGUUAAGCCACUUAAGAGGUUCCCUAAAAACUACAGUAGACGACACUAAAGUGGCCACUACGUCUAUAGAAGCCACUAUUUUGAGUUCUAGUUGCUAUUACAGUGUUUUUUCAAUGAUCGAAAGAGGUCUCUAAGUUUCAGUCACAUAAGUGGUCCCUUAGGGACUACAUGGAGAGGACGCUUAAGUGACCUCUCAAACCACCUCUAGAGAAGCCAUUAUUUUGCGUCUUAGUGGCCACUGAAGUGUAUUUUAAUCGUCCAGUAGUAUCACUUAGAUUUAUGAAGAGACCCUUAAGUUUCAGUCACUCAAGUGGUUUCUUAGGGACUACAUGAAGAGGACACUAAAGUGGCCACUCAAAACUCCUCUAUAGAAGCUACUAUUUUGCGUCUUAGUGGCCAUUGAAAGGGUUUUCAUUGGUCUAGUAGUACCACUUAGACUCCUAAAGAGGCCACUAAACUUACCACUGUAGUGGCCACUGACGCGUCAAAACACUAAAGUGGCCACUGAGAAUUCACUCAGAGAAAAAUCUGCACUAGUAACUGCUAUAGGAACAUUGAAAAAAAAGACGAAAAUAAGGUUUUUGGACUUUUUUUUCCAGAAAGAGACUUCAGACCAGUCUAAUUUUCGUUACGAAAAAUUCUUGUCAAUUUUUUUCUAUUUUCGUAAGAGCUUUUUUAUUUUUAGUUACAUUUUAUGAUAAUGAAAACAUUAUCAAAAAUCAAUAAGCUUGAAAAAAAUUUUUUAAAAUCUUACCAACGAGUUUUCUGAUCGCAUUUUGAAUGAGAUUAGGUCUACUAGUGAUAAUUUUUCAAGCUGAUUCCAAUUAUGGCUUCAAAAAUUAACAGGGAGGUGCGUGAAAAAAGUUAGGGACACUCAAAAGUCAAAAAGUUCCAUUGGAGGUUUUUUUUUCAAAAAGUGGUAGAAAAAAUUUAUUUUUUUGAUAAAAUCGAAUAUUUUUCCCAUGAUGACAUGGUUAAGAAAGAAUGCCAAAGUUUGGAAUUAUCUCUAACUCUCCAAAAUUUAGUUAUCUUUCUCACUCUCUGACGGCUAUUUUGAGCUUCGUUAAAUCACGUUGAACACGACUUUCAUCCUGAAAUUUUUUUGACGGUUACUUAUUAAAAUCGAAAUUCUACAGAAAUCCGCGCCGAAGCGGUCCACCAAGCAUUGGCCGAAUAUUCGGACGGCCGAAAAUUGGCUCCACAAUUAGUUCAGCCCAAAAGAAGAGUCGCUCCAGGCGCUUCCAAUGGACGAAAAACGGCCAAAAAUGUCCUUUCCGGUCAGUUUUUCUACUUUUUUUGA